CGCAAAAGCACUCUCUUCGUUCUUCCUCCUGUGUCGCUUUGACUGGCUUCGUCGUGAGAAGUGAUGGCAGCCGUGGUGGAGCCGCUUCCUUUUAAUAUCUAUUCAUCGUCUCCACUCAGCUCAGACCCCAUUAAUUGUUUUUAAUAUCUAUUUGUCGUCUCCACUCAGACCCCAUUAAUUCUUAUCUCAUCUUCCAUUCUCAUUGUUCUUCUUCUUAUCCGUCUUACUUUCGCUUUGAUUGAUUUGAUUGAUUGUUUGCGCUGUUCGACCUACCUGUGUGACUGUCUUGAUCCUAAACGGCCAUGACCGGCGGCGAUUUCGCCAUCAGCGGCAACAUCAAUGGAAACUUCGAGGCCAAGAUCACUUCGAUUGUCCUAACGUCCGGCUUCAUGGCCGCCACCGGUGGCCUCAUGUUCGGCUACGACGUCGGCGUUUCAGGCGGACUGACAUCGAUGACACCAUUCUUGAAAAAGUUCUUCCCUGGGGAGUACGAAGGGUAUAACGGUACUUACUGUCAAUACGACAGCAAGUGGCUCCAACUUUUCACGUCGUCUUUGUACCUGGCAGGGAUGACAGCGACAAUCGUCGCAGCCUAUACGACAAGGAAGUUUGGAAGAAGGAUGAGCAUGCUCAUAGCUGGCAUUUUCUUUCUCAGUGGCACGGCGUUUAGCGCAGCCGCACAAGACCUUCCCAUGCUUAUCAUUGGCAGACUCUUGCUAGGUUUUGGUAUAGGCUUUGGUAACCAGGCUGUGCCAGUGUUCCUUUCUGAAAUUGCACCAUCAAGGGUGCGUGGGGCAGUGAUUAUGUUGUUUCAGCUCAAUGUCACCAUUGGCAUUCUCUUCGCUAACCUCGUUAACUAUGGCACCAGCAAGAUAAAAGGUGAAUGGGGAUGGAGAGUAUCGCUGGGAAUGGCGGGAAUACCGGCGGUGGUGCUGACGGCGGCUGCAUUGCUGGUGGCGGACUCUCCGAAUACUCUGGUAGAGAGAGGACACGUGGAAGAAGGAAAAGCUGUGCUGAGAAAACUCAGAGGUACAGAAAACGUGGAGGGUGAGUUCAUGGAUUUGCUUCAGGCAAGCCAGGAGGCCAAUCAGGUGAACCACCCUUUCCGCAAAAUCUUCAUUCGCCGGAACCAACCUCGGCUUAUCAUCGCUGUCACUCUUCAGAUUUUCCAGCAAUUUACAGGCAUCAACGCUAUCAUGUUCUAUGCUCCACAUCUCUUCCGGACACUAGGCUUCAAAGACGACGCUUCCCUCUACUCCGCCGUGAUCACCGGCGCCGUUAACGUCCUCUCCACCUUAAUCUCCAUCUACGCCGUCGACAAGGUCGGUCGCCGCAUGCUCCUCCUCGAAGCCGGCGUCCAGAUGUUCCUCUCGCAAUUAAUCAUUGCCGUCAUCCUCGGAAUCAACGCCAGGGAUCACCCCACCGAGCUCUCUAAAGGCCUCGCCGUCUUCGUGGUGGUAAUGGUGUGCACCUUCGUCUCCUCCUUCGCUUGGUCGUGGGGCCCAUUGGGGUGGGUCAUACCCGCCGAGAUCUUCCCGUUGGGGGUUCGAUCUGCAGGCCAAAGCGUCACCGUUUUCACGAACUUCCUCUUUACUUUUGUGAUCGCGCAGUCUUUUCCAUCGAUGCUGUGUCAUUUGAGGUAUGGAAUCUUCCUGUUCUUCUCUGGGUGGGUUUUGAUAAUGUCGUUGUUCAUGAUGGUGCUUUUGCCGGAGACGAUGAAGGUUCCGAUUGAGGACAUGACGGACAGAGUGUGGAAGCAACAUUGGCUGUGGAAGAGAUUUGUUGAAUAAAAACAAGUUGGAAUGAAUGACAUUUUGGCCAAUAAUGGACCAAACAAAAUGUAGGUUUAAGAAAUUUAAUGGAAAUGGAUUCACGUGAAGUGUGAAAAAGUAACCUUGAUUGACGACGUUUCGUAGAGAUAGUGAAUUCCACAUGCUCUUACUUUUGUUUUUUUAAAUAAAAACAAUGUAUAGUGGAAAAUGUUGGAUUUGUAUUGUUGGAUUUGCAUAUAGUCACAUUUUUAUUUUUUGGUGUAUAUUUCAAAUGUUAUGAAUGUAUUAAAUGUAAUGUUAGAAACGUAAACUUUAUUUGUA